UUGGCAUAAAUCGGAAUGUGAACAUAUGAAGUACAAGUACAUAAUGUACUAAUAAAAACUAUUGCACAAUCAAUGCAUGCAAUAGCCGCAUAGGAUUACAUCAGCAAAAUUAAUUUCUAAUUAAUGCUCACUCAACAGUAACACAGCCAGCCAAGUCACCUAAUAGCCUCGCUAAUCAUAUAUUAUUCUCUUAGCAAAUUAGUUGGGUUUCUGUAUUUAACAAGGUUAUUCAAAAUGGAAGUAAUAAUCUUUCUACUAAUAAUAGCCUUCAUUAUUCUACCAGUUGGUCCGCUCAGAAGACUUUUAGCUACCAUCAUUGAAGAUGUGCAUGCCACCUAUAAGCUUGGAAUAGAAUCCAAAAAAAAGCCAAGCACUCAUGACAAGGUAGCUACUCACCCACUGUACUACCAGCCUCUGAAGAAACACCAGUACAAGGAUGAGUAUAAUGGUGACACAGGUACUGAUGAUACUGACACUGAGACUGUCCCCAAUAGCACUGUCACUACGCAUGAUAUCAAUUCAAAGGAGAUAUCUGACAACAAGUCAUUGUUUGAGAGCUCUUCUCUGGAAAUGAUGAAUAACGAUAAAAAUGCCAAAAAGAUCUCCGUUCGUAAAAAUGAGACAAAAAAUUGCGACAAGUCACCACAUGUUACCUCUUCGUUUAAAAGGCCUUCCAUGUUAUCUUCUGUACCUUCUCCUCCUCCCUCUCCCCCACUCUCUCCCCCUCCAUCUCCUCUUCCCAUCCUUCCUCCUCCUCCUACGAGCACAGCUAGGGGGACAAUAAUCCCUAGCAGUGAUGAAAAUGCUGAGGCCCAUUCUGAAACCAAACCGAAGAGUAAAAAGAGACGAAGGAAGAGAAACGGAACUAGUACCAGUCAGCCUCAAUCUCUACCGACUGAACAGCGCCAGAAGAAACCAUCAAAGGAUAUACUGUACUCUUCCCUACCUAAUCACCUCAAGCCACAGCACCCAGACCAUCAAAAAUAUUCUUGUGAUAAGCCUGAAAGUACUGGACUGCCUGAUGCUAAUGUUAAAAUAGUUCCCAGAGAGGCUAGGGGAGCUAUUAGUCAGCCUCAACCAUCACUCUCUUGUCCUCUCCCACCAGCAAUAACAGUCCCAUCCAGUGGUAACCAAUCAACACACUCUAUGAUAUUUCCUCCUCUGCCUGUCUCUCAUCAUGGGCAUAUGUCAUUAGAGUCCUCAAACUCUGGUCCUUCUCCAGUCCAACCACCUGCAGUUCCACCAGUUGUAGUAAGAGAUGAAGCUGUUCAUGCUGCUAGUAAUGAGGAAGGACGUGUUGUGAACCAGUUUGAUUUGGUUAAGUUUGAAAAUGAAAACAUGAGAGCCGUUAAUAAUGAGAGAGAUAUUGAUGAUGACAACGAUGAUGAUGAUGACGAUGAUGAUGAUGCUAGAGUUCCUUCCAGUCUUCAAUUGCCUGAACUAGUGAGAGAGCAUGUACCGGUUCAGUCUAGCGCUGAUGCUCCUCCUCUUAUUGAUGAUGCUUGGGAGGCGCAGCAGCCUGUUAAUGUCAGUAUGGAGCCUCCAACAGAAGAGGUAGUCAUUACUCCACUAGUCCUUCACUUUCCACAGGAGCUGCAAGAGCUGGUCCUUCCUAAUUCCCAGCCUUUCAAGGAGCCAGAAAGCUUCAUUGACGCUGGAGAUGACAUUAAUUAAUUGAGGAGAAAUGUACAUGUACAUGU